AGUUAACCCUGUCUUAAAUUCACAAAUCACUCUCUAAUCUCACUUAACAAUCCUACUCUCCACCACCCCACCGACGGAGUGUCCUCUCCUUCUCUACUUGUUCAGUCAAAUCACUCUACCAAUCUCACUCACUCCCACCGCCAAGAUGGGCUCUGUUUCUCUCAAGAUCGGCGACGGAAGCGCCAGAUUCCGAAGAGCAUCGCUCUGUUCCUCUGCCGUCAACCUCCUCAUGCUGUUUUCCGUCAUCACCACCAACCUCUUCGCGCUCUACGCCUUCACAUACUCCCCGAAAGACCACCAAACAUACCGUCUCCUCCACCACACCCAGAAGAACAUCUCCCUCAUCUCCGAGCAGGUCGCUCUGAUCCUCCGCGAGAUUGAUUCGUCGCAAAAGAAGCUUGCCCAGAUGGAAAAGGAGCUCCUCGGCUACGAAAGCAUCGAUCUUUCUAAUCCCAAUAUCGCGAACGAGCUCAAAGUCUUCCUCCAGCACCACUCGCUCCCUCUCGGCAAAGAUUCGAAAACCGGGAUCACGGAAAUGGUGGCUUCCGUCGGCCAUUCCUGCGAGAAAUCCGCCGGCUUGCUGUCACAGUACAUGAACUACAAGGUCUCCGGGCCUUGUCCCGACGAUUGGAGCCUUGCCCAGAAGCUGAUUCUGCGCGGAUGCGAGCCUCUGCCGCGACGGAGGUGCUUUGCCAAGGCGGUUCCUAAGGUGGGUUUAGACCCUUUUCCGAUUUCGCUUUGGAAACCUGUUAGUGAUAAGAUUGUGAGUUGGAGCGGCCUUGGAUGCAAGAAAUUUGAAUGCUUGAAUGCUAAGAAAUUGAGUAGGGAUUGCGUUGGUUGUUUCGAUUUGGUUAACGGGUCCGAAAACGAGAGAUUUGUCAAGGCUAGGAGCAAGAAUGAUUUCCUCAUUGAUGAUGUUUUAGCUUUGGGGAGUGGAGGAAUCCGAAUAGGGUUUGAUAUUGGAGGUGGGUCUGGUACCUUCGCUGCUAGAAUGGCAGAGAGGAACGUGACUGUGAUCACCAACACUCUGAAUAUCGAAGCCCCGUUUAACGAAUUCAUAGCUGCAAGAGGGCUUUUCCCUCUGUUUUUGAGCUUGGAUCAUACGUUUCCCUUCUACGAUAAUGUGUUCGAUUUGGUCCAUGCCGCCAGUGGAUUGGAUGUUGGAGGAAAACCGGAAAAGUUCGAGUUCUUGAUGUUUGACAUCGAUCGCAUUUUGAGGGCGGGAGGUUUGUUAUGGCUGGACAACUUUUAUUGCUCGGAUGAUGAAAAGAAGAGAGAUUUAACCAGGUUGAUCGAGCGGUUUGGAUAUAAAAAGCUCAAAUGGGUUGUCGGGGAGAAGGCAGAUACGGCAGGGUCAGGCAAAUUGGAGAUUUAUUUGUCUGCCGUUUUGCAGAAACCGGUUAGAGUCUGAUGAUCAGGUACUUCUCGCACGAUACUGCAUCAAGUAAACCAAAAUUUGAUGUUCUAUCUGCUUACCCGCACGAAUUUGUGCUGGUUCAUUCGUUCAACAACCUUGUGAAAUUCCUUGAACAUCGCAAUAAGAGCUGGCGGUAGCGAAUGGAAUCUGUUCUGUAAUUUACAAGGUAUUUGCAUCUGUUAUUUUGUGCUUGAGGGGAGUAGUAGGUGCUGUUCUAUGACGGUGAAUUGUUAGGAAGUGAAAGAAUAUGGUGUACUCUUAUGUAUUACUGCACGUUCUAUGAUUCAUACAGCCAACCUCACGGGGUUAAGGCUUGGUUGUUGUUUUAUAGCAUCCGAUAUUUGAUGUAUUUUACCAUUCAAAUCUGCAUCC